GGGCCGGACCUCGCCCGGGGCUCCCCAAUGUCAGACUCGCUGCUCAACCACUCCUGGCCGUCGUUUUCCAAGCGCUGGAAGAAGAGAUGGUCCUUUAAGCGAGGGUCUGACUGCAAGCCAUGUUUACGGGAAUUCACCGAUCACCACGCUCCUGCUUUGGAGUAUCCCAGCCCCAAAAGCUUCCUCCCAUCCCUGAUUGCUGAGGAUGACUCCUCCUGCACCAGCAUGGCCGAAGAGAAGGAGGACUCAUCUUCCACAGAGCUGGAUGUGCCAGCAGCAGACGCGCACAGCAGCACGGAGGAUCUCCUCUCAGACUCUGCUCUCCACGGCACUGAGUAUUACAAAGACCUGGGGCUCCUGAGCCUGCCCCUUGCCAAAACAGCUCCAGAGACGGCAGCACAGCCAGAAGAAGGGUCCCAGGCCGUGCCUGCCGUUUGCUUAUUGGAGGAGAGAGCAGGAACUCUGAGCAAACUGUCCGUGGAUGUUGCUUUCUCCAAGCCCGUUUCCUGCGUGAUGCGUUACGGCCAGGCCGACUGCCGCUUUCUCCACAAAGGCCACGUGUGCCCCUGUGCAGCAGGGCCAGGAGAUGGUGCCAGCACCCCUGAGUGUCCUGCAGAGGCAGACAAGGAGCUGGACCUGCAGGAGGCCCAGGAUUCCUUCCCCACGCUGGUGAGAUCCAUGUCCACGUCUCGGAGGCACAGCUGGGAGAGCCCUUUGUCACCCGUGGGCUGCAAGCGCAGGUUCAGCCUGGAUGUCACAGAGAUGGGCAGCGACCCCGAGCAGGAGGAUGUGGAGAAGAGGAGCCAGCCCUGCCCGCAGCCUCACGUGUCCCUUCAGCUGCCCAAAGCAGGGCUGGGAGCCUGGAGCAGCAGCAGGGCUGGCACGGUGAUCAAAGUGGAGAUAGAGCCGCUGCUCCCCAAGCUCACGGUGGGCCCCGGCCUGCAGGAGGUGAAAUGUGUCGGCAGUGGGAAGAGACUGAGGUCCAAGUCUGUCCCAGCAGCCUGUGAGACCGCUGCCUCCCCUCAGAUACCUCUCAGCUUCAACACUUCUCUUGCAGUUGUGGAAGGUGUUGAACCCCCUGCCCUGGAGGUGCUGGAGAAGGACCACGUGUCCCCAGACCAUGUCUUAAAUGUCCAGAAGGUUCUUCAGGAGCUGAAACAUUACCAUGGGGCAAAGCAGAGAGCUUGUGUGCAAGAAGGCAGCGACUCUUCCCAGCAGAACAUCACUUGGUUUGAGUUCCUGUCUAACGAAAAUGAGGAGAGUGGGAAGAGCGAUAAAGCAGAGAAAGGCACGAAGGUGAUGCGACGCCUGAGCUCCCUGCGGAGCCGAGUCACCGGAUCCUGGCAGAAGGAUAAGGGUAAGAACAAAGAGCAGCCAAAGGAGAGAGAGAAGGAGAAAGACACAAAGGAGCCAAAAGAGAGGUGGAAAGAGAUCAAUGGGCACCAGCUUGUGCCAGGGGUUUUCUCCAGUUGCACCAGCUGCUCACUGUGUGCCAAACCUCUUUUGAAUAAAAGUGGUCUGCAGUGCCUGAAUUGUGCAGUGAAUGUCCAUAAGAACUGCAGGAGCUUGCUGGCUGAAUGCAGCAGCAUCAGACCCAAGCAGAAAGAUCUGCAGCACAGACCUUCUGGAUCUCCACAGAGUUCGCCCCAGUGCAUUUCCCCAGCCACUUCCCUGAAGGAGCAGCCCCGAAGUCUCCUCCUGGGAGCGGAUGGCACCCCAGCGCUGUCCCGGAACCUCGGCAUGACUAUCGCCCAGAGAGGCAACUCUCAGGCUUCACUGAACGCUGCCGGAGCUGUCAGUAAAUUUGGACUGAUUUCAGGAGACAUGGAUGAAGGGGAUUCAGGCUUUAUAAAAUUUAAGCAGACCUCAGAUGACGUUGUCUCGCUUGCACCUUCAACAGCAGACUCCUUUUUUCUGGAAGAUGCAUAUUCUGUGUCCCUCCGGAGUGAGAUAGAAACAGAUGCUCACGAGUUUGAGGCAGAGUCUUGGAGUGUUGCAGUGGAACAAGCUUAUGCAAAUAGACACAAAAACGUUAAAAAAAGGCAAGAUGUCAUUUAUGAGCUGAUGCAAACUGAAAUGCACCAUGUCAGGACACUGAAGAUCAUGCUGAAGGUGUACUCCAAAGCCAUGAGAGAGGAGCUGCAGUUCCCCAAUGCCGUGAUCAACAAGCUCUUCCCCUGUGUGGAUGAGCUGCUGGAGAUGCACGGGCAGUUCCUGCUGCAGCUGAAGGAGCGACGGAAGGAAUCCCUGGAAGAAGGCAGUGACCGGAAUUACAUCAUCCAGAACAUUGGAGACCUCUUGGUAAAACAGUUUUCAGGUGAAAACGGGGAGAGAAUGAAGGAAAAAUACGGUGUGUUCUGCUGUGGACACAAUGAAGCUGUUGGUCAUUAUAAAGACCUGCUCCAAAGCAAUAAGAAGUUCCAAAACUUAAUAAAGAAAAUUGGGAACUGCCCCAUCGUGAGGAGGCUCGGGGUGCAGGAGUGCAUCCUCCUGGUGACCCAGCGCAUCACCAAGUACCCGGUGCUGGUGGAGCGGAUCAUUCAGAACACAGAAGCUGGAACGAGAGAUUACGAAGAGUUGACCCAGGCCCUUAGUUUAAUUAGGGACACCAUCACUCAUGUAGAUGCCAUGGUAAAUGAGUGUGAGAAGGGGCAGCGACUGAAGGAGAUUAUGCACAAAAUGGAGGGGAAAUCAUCCGGUAAAUGCAAGAAUGGGCUUUUAUUCCGGAAGGAUGACAUGGGACAGAGGAGGCUCCUGCUGGAUGGGAUGCUGUACUGGAAAGCUGCAUCAGGGAGACUCAAAGAUAUUCUGGCAGUUCUGCUAACUGAUGUACUGUUGCUCUUACAAGAGAAGGACCAAAAAUACACCUUUGCAUCAGUGGACUCCAAACCACCAGUUAUCUCACUGCAAAAGCUGAUUGUGAGAGAGGUGGCUAACGAGGAAAAGGCAAUGUUUUUAAUUAGUGCUUCCUUAAAAGGACCAGAAAUGUAUGAAAUUCACACCAGCUCCAAAGAGGAGAGGAAUUCCUGGAUGGCACACAUCCGCAGGGCUGUGGAAAGCUGUCCUGAUGAAGAAGGAGGAACAUUUAAUGAACCUGAAGCAGAGAGGAGGAUGGCUGAAGCAAGAGCUGCGAAGUUAAAAGAUUUCCAAGAGCGUUUGAACAUGAAAGACGAGCUGAUCCUGCAAAGUCUGACUGAGAAGCAGCAGAUUUAUGCAGAGAUGUCUGAAAUGAAUGGCUUUGAAGACCAUUCCCAAGGAUCCCGAGCUCGGCUGCUUUUCCGGGGGGAGAUCUCGGAAAACCUGCAGGGAGAGGCGAUUUUGAAGUCUGCAGUGACUGAAGCUGAAAACCUCCAGGACCUUAUCUUCACUCACUUUGGCAGUGGAUCCUGCCAGCCUGAGGAUGGCUCUGGCUCAGGACUCCCCAGGAGGGCAGAGACCUUUGGAGGAUAUGACAGCAGUCCCUCAGUCUCGAGUAAAAGUGGGAGGAAGAACAGUGGUGGUGAACAGAGACAGUGGGACUGGAGAGGCCCUGCAGCAGGUUCAGACGUGCAAGUCCCUGACCUCUCUUCUGAUGCAGAAGAAGGAUCUCAAACCGGUGAUGGAAUGAGGCUGGAUGAGAGCAGUGGUUUUCAGCCCACCAUAGAGUCUCAGCUUGUGCAAAGGAUACAGACGCUGUUACAGUUGCUCUUCAGCCUUCAGGCAGUGAUAUCCCAGCAGGACAGUUACAUCGAGGUGCAGAGAGCCACCGCCACCAUGGCAGAAAAGCAAUACCGCCUGCAGUCCACCCGAGGGAAUCUGCUGCUGGAGCAGGAGAAACAGAGGAACUUGGAAAAGCAGAGGGAGGAACUGAUGAAUGUCCAGAAGCUUCAGAACCAGCUGAAGCUGGAGCAGCAGCGCCUGGAGCGGGAGAGGAGUCGGCAGCAGAGGGAGUUUGAAAUCAGGGAAGCUCGGCUGCAGGAGCGCGAGGAGGAGGCUCGGCAGAAGUUGGAGAAGGUGAAUCAGGACAGGGAAGAGCUGGACAGGCAGCAAGACGACUAUCAGCACAACCUGGAGAGGCUGAGGGAAGCCCAGAGAGCAGUGGAGAAGGAGAGGGAGCGUCUGGAUCAGCUGAGGAAGCUGAAGAAGCAGAACACGGUGUCAGGCACCUUCUCCCCAGAAAUGGGCCAGAGCCAGAUGCUGAGUCAUUCCAUCAGCUUCAACGGGGAAGGGCUGGACCCCUGUCCAGCUGUGCCGAAAUCCUCGGUGCGAGUGAGCGUGGGCGGCCUGGAUUACCUGGAGCGGCCGGACUUGGUGCGCAGGGACAGCACCACCCUGGAGAACAGGCCCGCCCUGGCCCUCAAGAACGAAGUGCCAAUACAUCUGCUGAGUGCUACCAACCAGAUCCAGAAACCAGCUGCAGUCCAGCAGCAGAUCCCUACCAAGCUGGCCACCUUCACCAAAGGAAGCAAGGAGAAAGGUGGGAAGAGCAAAGCGUCUCACAGGACGGACAGUUCAGCAUCUGUUGAUCAGAAGCAGCUGCUUCCCCCCAGGCUUGUUGCACGAGAGGAGGGUGUGCUGAGGGGCAGGCGGUCAGCGAGCCCAGUCCUCCCGAGCAGCCAGACCACUGCAUUCCAGCCAGAAUUGUAUGUCCCCACAGAUGCUCAGCCAGAAGCACUUUCACCUGCCUCAGCGAACCUAUUCAAGCCCAAUAACGUUCAGGUUCAGACCCUGGUGACCUCUCAGCCCAGCCUGUUGAAUGUGCAAGAUGAUACCAGCAAAGAAGAUGUCAUUUUCUUCUGAUUGUUUCCAUUUGAAGAUGAAUCUCCUGGCACACUGUUUCAAGAACUCAGGCCCCAGUGUGCACCGUGAGGGAGACCCCACCCAUCUUCUCAUCCCUGCCCAGUUACCACUAGCAAGGACCAGACCAGGAUUAACUGUCCCACCUUGCUGGCUUUUCUGCCAGCAGCUCAGAACAAGGGCACAGUAGUAACAACUUGCUUUCAAAUUCUCUAGACGUGGAAAUGUAUUGACACAUGGCAUAGGUGUAUCAGUUCAGAGCACGGUAAAAAAAAACACAAAAAUGCUGCCAUUUGUUGCAAUGUGCUCUUCUUGGAGAAUGUGCACCCUCUG